AAGGUAUGGCUCCAUUCUAUGAAGAUGUAUGCAAAGAACUUGGCUGGAAAGUAGAUGCUGCUCUCUUGAAAACGAUGAAGGAGAAAAAUCAGACAGAAAUGAAGAAAUUAGAUGAAACACUAGAAGAUGCUGAACAGAAUCUUGGAGAAACUGAAGUCCGGGAUGCUCUUUUAGCAAAAGCAGAAUUUUUCUGUCGGAUAGGAGAUAAGGAAUCUUGCAUGACUGUAUUCAGGAAGGCAUUUGACAAAACAGUUGCUUUAGGACACCGUCUUGACAUUAUCUUUCAUCUCAUCCGUGUUGGACUUUUCUGGAAUGAUAAUGAUGUUAUCACAAGGAAUAUAGACAAGGCCAAGAGCAUGAUUGAUGAGGGUGGAGACUGGGAUAGAAGAAAUCGUCUCAAAGUCUAUCAAGGUGUCUACAACAUGUCUAUCAGGGAGUUCAAGACGGCUGCUAACUUUUUUCUUGAUACUGUCUCAACGUUCACCUCCUAUGAGCUAAUGGACUACAAACAGUUUGUCAAAUACACAGUCAUUGUAUCUAUGAUAGCAUUAGAGAGGACAGAACUUAGAACUAAGGUUGUAAAAGGGUCAGAGAUUCUUGAAGUUCUUCACAGCUUGCCCAAACUCCGCACAUUCCUCUUCUCUUUGUAUGAGUGUCGGUAUGGGGAAUUCUUUCAGACUCUAGCAAAUGUGGAACAGGAAAUGAAGACAGAUAGGCUGAUUGCUCCCCACUAUCGAUACUAUGUUAGAGAGAUGAGGAUUCUUGCCUACACACAGUUAUUGGAGUCUUAUCGUAGCUUGACCUUGCAGUACAUGGCUGACACAUUUGGGGUCAGUGUGGAUUUCAUUGACCAAGAACUCUCUAGAUUUAUAGCAGCUGGAAGGCUUCAUUGCAAAAUUGACAAAGUUGGUGGUAUUGUUGAGACAAAUCGACCAGACAGCAAAAAUUACCAGUAUCAGGCUACCAUCAAGCAGGGUGAUAUUCUUCUGAACAGAGUACAGAAGCUGAGUAGAGUUAUCAACAUAUAGACCAAUUAGUGAACAAACAAACUGUCACAUGAAGAAAUUCAGCCAUGCCUUGCAAUUUUCCUCAUACAAACCUUUAAUUGGAAGGCUACAUCUUCAAACAUCAUCUUAUGCUUGAGCAAGAAAGACAUUGAAUCUUUGUUCAAAUAUAUACUAGCUUAUACUUUUUUUGCCUCAAUAUAAAUGGAUAAGUGUCAUAUUAGUUUAGUAGUAUUCAAUCUAAUUGAUGUAAAAUAUGACUGAAAGAAUAUUUUUAUUCUAUUUAUACAUGUAAACGUGUAGGAUAUAGCUGUAAAAUAUGUGUAUCAUCUGCUGGAUGUACACAUCUCUUAUGGCUUGUCCACACAUGGCAUAACAAAGUUCAGUUAUAAUGCUCUGUUAAUAUGAAGGUGUAUAGAGUAAGUGGGAUAUGAGGCUAAUAUUUGGUAAAAAAACUCAGUGCAAAAUACAUUGUUUGUAUAUUCAUGGGAAAUCUCAUUACAUUACUCCAAACAAGUCAUGACAUUAAAAGGUAAUAAAGAAAUGAGUUAGUCUAUGCAACUUUGAAAAAAUCAUAUUAGGCUGGAAGUGUAUAAUUUAUGUUUAUAGAAUAAGUGAGGAAGUUUGUCUGGACAAUUCUGAACUUUGGAAACAUUGCACAUACUGGGUGCUAAAAAAUAGUUACAGGAUGCAAGAAAUACACAUUGUUAAGUCUGCAUGAGUUUAGUUCUCUCAGUCAAAUAAUGGCCUAAAUUCAAGCACUUUUCCAGACGAGAUUGUGCAAACCGUAUGUUGUUUAAUUUCCUGAUUGAAAUUUUGCUGAAGUUGAACAGAUUUCUUUUGUCCUAAAAAAUAUGACUUUGGGAGAGAAACCUGUACUACAGAGUAUGCUUAUCGUAAUAUUAACUUAUUGUUUCUUCAACCAAUGAAAAUGGUAUCAAACUAUUGCUAAACAUUGGAGUAUUAGAGCAGAGCUAUGAAUCUUUCUUUGAGAUCUUAUUUAGCUUAUAUUUCACAAUUUUGUAGAAUUCAAAAAUAUAUCUCACAAGCAUCACACACAAACUAAAUAAAAAUGGCAUAGCUUUUAAGUGAAAAUGUUUAGAGAAAAAUGAAAUGGUAGAAUUAUUCCUACAUGUAUUGCCUAAUUUAUUUAGGAAGGAUAUUCAUAUGGUAAAAUGGUCAAAUGCAAAAUGAUUGAUCUUCAGAUGCCCUUAAAUUUAACUUAUGAAUAAAGCUGCUGGAACUUACUCUUUGAACAUUUGUAUUUAGUCCCCCGAAUUGUAUGUUUGUGUGCAGUGCAUGUGAUUUACAACAAUAUGCAUUAAAUAUCAAGUCAUUUUGGUGAUCUUACAGCAUACAUUCAUUCUUAUGUGCAUUACAAGCACAUUCUCCAAUCACUUUUAGGUAUUUUCCACCGCAAUUCAAUCUCAUUGCCUGAACUUAUCUUUACCUUGAAGAAGUGAUUUGUUUUAGUAGAAUUAGGACAUUUGAAUUUUGAAUCAGGAGCUCCAAAACCAUCUCUUAGUUUUGAUCUUGUAUAAUUCUAUAUCUAAUAGUGCCUCUAAAGAUAAUUAUUGUCUAACUCUGUCCUACCACAUUACAAACAUUGUUGACGAAAUGAUAUUCAAGUAGCUUUACCUUUGAUAUAAUCUAAAUACUCAUGUCAUAUGCAGUAUAAUGUUGUUAGAUCAGAGUGUCUCUCUAAACAACAAAUAACAUUUAGUAGAUUGUAACAUACUGCUAUUCAUAUUUUAACACAAGGCAUAGGAAAAGGCAUUGAAUGUGACUAAUAUUUAUGCAAUUAACAAGUGGCUAAAUUUCUUUAUGUGACAGUGUGGUAGAAAGUGUUUAUCUUUGUGCUUAUUCAGCACUUUGUAUAUAUUUUGUAUGCCAAGUGAGGUAAUGUAGUUUAAACUCACCUAGAAACUUACAUUUCUAAAUCUGUAGCCUGUUGGUCUAAUACCAAUUAGUCUAAUUCUCAGAUUAUCUAAUAUUACUCUGGUUUAAAACCCUUUGUUGUUAAUCAUCGCUUUGGUUUAAUCAGGGAAGGAGGAGGUUAGACCACUUUCCUGGUUUAAUCACCUUUCAGUCUAAUUACCAUUAGGUCAUAUAUUCACUUGGAAUGAUACUUGUGCUAAUUAUCAUUUUAUCAAUUGAUGAUUUAUUUAAUUACUGCCUUGCUCUUUUCAUUCCCUCCAUUUUAUAUAAUGGCCAUUUGGUCUACUACUAGUUCAUCUAAUCCAAUACACAAAAUGAUUUUAGAUGAAGUGGAUAAUAGAUUAAAUGAUCAUUGAGUAAAAUUGGCGUAAGCAAACUUGUAGUAGGGCUAAGGGCAAUGGGACUGAAUGGUGGUUUAAUAUACCGGUAGAUACAAAAAGGAUUUAAACCAUUAAACCAAACAAGCAUGCAAUAAAGUUGAAUUGGGCAACCCAUGUCAUUAUUUAAAAAACUUGGUAGUUAUGUACCACAAAAAAAAGGUACAUUCCAAACCAAUUUGUGCUCUGCCAUGUGGUAAGAUAAAGGCCCUCUCUGCAUUCGCUUUUAGAGGAUAUAAAGCCAUAGGUCCCUUGGCAGUAGGGUAAACAAAUAACUACAUAUUGCCAAUACCAAGUGUCCUUUAACAUAAAUUAAUUUCCUAGGUCGAUUUAAGCCCCUAGUAAAUGUUUUUUUCUAGAGACUUACCAUUGAUAUCAAUCCAAAUGUUUGUUGUAUAUCAUGGUACCAUCCAUCUUGAGAUCAAAUUAACUCUUAAGUACAUCAUGGUACAAGGUAUUGGAUUGAUGAUUUAUAUGAAUAUACUCUUCUACAAUGCUUUAACAAGAUUUCACUUUGAAAGAUAUGUAAAUGUGCACAGAUGUACUUGUGAUUUUUCAGCGUAAAUUACUCUACAAAAUAAAUAUUUCUGUGGAAUGAGUAUGAAAUUAA